GGCAUGAUGGGAGAUCCGGGCCCUAAAGGCCUCCCUCAGGAAGCAGAAAUCACGCACACGGGUGACGUUGGAGAAUCCGGGGCGUCCGGACUGAGGGGCCCUCCAGGGGACAUGGGGCUGAUGGGGAUGCACGGCCCCCCAGGAGCCCCCGGCAGAUCCUUACCAGGGCCGCCGGGCGCUGUGGGUCAGAGGGGAGCUCCAGGAUCCAGAGGGGACAGAGGAGACCCAGGACAGGUUUACAAAAACGGACCCACACCUGGAGAACCGGGAAAACCAGGACGACCCGGACCCAAAGGACUGAAGGGAGAACCUGGAGUUCCAG